AUGACAGCGUCAGACUAUCCUCCGAUCGAGGAUCCCCUCCACUGGUCGUUGACGGAUCGACCCUCCGGUCCUGAGGAGAAGCAGCUGUUGAAAGCGCGACUCCUACUAGCCUUAUGGACGUCGACACCAGGCAGGGACCUCAGAUCCUCCGAUGCCUUUCUCGAAUACUAUCUGGCGCAACGCUACCUAAUCAGAGUGUACGGCUUGAACCUCCAGACCCAUGAGGAUGUAGUCAACCUGAUCUUGUUCAUCCGCGCGCGUUCUACCGUGCCCCGCGACGACCUCCUCGCACAGCUGAACAAUGAUCAUUGGACCUGGCUGGGUCCCGCACCCCAGUCCGCAGAGCACGCCGUGGAGAUAGCGGUCGGCAUCUGGCUCAUGGUCGGGGUGGACGACUGGGCGGGUUCGCAAACGCUGCAAGAGUACGUCGCGGCGUUAUUCCCCGACAAGCACGACAGCAGCGUUGUCGCCGCGCCGGUGUCGCUGGAAUUCAACGCGUACAAUCUCCACCGUAUCGGCGGCUUCGAUGUCGUCUGGACAGACUGCAUCCAGGACCACCUGUCGCUCAUCAGUGACCAGACGCAAAAGGAGCUACGCGUAUUUCAUGUAGCCUGCUUCUUACAGUACUCCACGUACAGUAACCCUAGCCAUAAAAUAUUCCCCCCCGGUUUCCUCGAAGAAACAAUCCGAACCCUUGCCCUCCUCUUCCCCGCCGCCCACCUUGACUGCCGCCAAUGGAUACAAGGGGCCCAAGAGCGCGAAAACGUUGGUCUGGAGGCCGGCCUCCUCCUGCGGGCGCCCCGCGACCUGCGCAACUACCGCUACUGGGGGCAGCGACUGCGGGAACUCAAAGACGAAUAUGAUCGGACUGAGCCUACCACGAUCAGACAGUGGGUGCUGGACAAGCGGAAACCCAACCAGCGGUACACGUUUUGGAUAGCCGUGGCGGCGUUGGCGCUGGCGCUGGUUUUUGGGUUGAUCCAGUCGGUGACAGGGAUAGUGCAGGCGGUUGCUGCUGUUCGGGGAAAUGGCUGA